AUGGUUCAACAGUCUCCCCUAUUCCACAUCCAUCUCUCCAUAUUGUUAGUGGCAGUAUUUGUGAUACUUUCCACAUUACUCGUCAUUCUCACCAGCAUGGUUCACUCCUCAAAUGCUUCUCCUCUACACAUUCUCUCCAACAAUAAUCUCCGAAAUAUUGGUUCUUCCACAACAUCAAACAAUGGAUGGACCGAUCAACGUCAUUUCCUUCGUUCCUUUUACUAUUCCACAGGAGGUCCUUAUUGGAGAAAUAACACUAGAUGGAACACUUUGGAUACCAAAGAGGAGACGAAUUAUUGUUCAUGGCGAGGUGUGACAUGUGUCAAAGAUGAAUCGGUUCUUGCUAUUGCUUUGGUGAAUAAUAACUUGACAGGUCUAUUACCUUUAGGUGUUUCUGUUUUGAGGAAUUUAAUGAUUUUGGAUUUGGGUUUUAAUAAUUUAUAUGGACAAAUUCCAAAGGAAUAUUCGGAAUUGGAGAGUUUGAAUGGUAUUGCUAUUGGAAGUAAUCAUUUUGAAGGAAUGUUGCCAGAAGGAUUUUGUAAUAUUUUGAGUUGUGACGCAUAUAAUAAUCCAAAAUUGAAAUGUCCUCCAAAUAAUUGCAGAAAUAAUCAUUGUAAUAUGGCUCAAUGUAAUUGUGGAGGAAUGCAAAUGUGUAAUGAUGAUCACGAUUGUGCUGAAAAAUUAUGUAGCAAGUGCAAACAACAAGGAUGUAAUCCAUGGUUUAAAAUAUGUCAAUAA